AUGGACAUUGACGGCGGCAAAAACGAGGCCAUGCACGGAGAUCGGGCUCUGGCGCUCAUCGGCAACGAGCAGGUCCAGCUCACCGAGGAGGACAGUCGCCGCAUCUGCCGCAAGACGGACCGAGUCAUCCUCGCCAUCCUGGUCUGGGUGUACUUUUUGCAGAUUCUCGACAAGUCCGUGCUCGGCUACGGCGCCACAUACGGCUUGAAGACGGACACAAACCUGACUGGCAAUGAGUAUUCGCUUAUUGGCUCCAUUGCCCCCAUUGCCCAGCUGGCCUGGCAGCCAUUCUCGUCAUAUCUCAUCGUCAAGGUCCCGCACCGGAUCCUGAUGCCGUCCCUUUGUCUCGGCUGGGGCAUUGCACAGGCCUCAAUGGCCGCUUGCCACAACUUUAGAAGCCUGAUGGCCGCUCGCUUCUUCCUUGGUCUGUUCGAGGCCGGCUGCUUGCCGCUGUUCAGUCUCAUCACGAGCCAAUGGUACAGACGAGCCGAGCAGCCCAUUCGAGUUGCGGCGUGGUACGGCACCAACGGAGCUGCCACCAUUGUCGCGGCUGCUCUGUCCUACGGCCUGGGCCAUAUCCAGUCUGAUGUUCUUCGAGAGUGGCAAAUCAUCUUCCUCUUUGUCGGCCUCGUCACCAUCGUCUCAUCCCCCUUCAUCUACUGGAAGCUCGAAAAUGACAUCCCGUCCGCUCGAUUCCUCACCGAACAAGAAAAGGCACAGGCCAUCGAGAGACUCCGUGCCAACCAGACCGGCACUGGAAGCCGAGAGUUCAAGUGGCGACAACUCCUCGAGGCCGCCAUGGAGCCCAAGACAUACCUGUGGAUCGCCAUGGCUCUGCUGCUCAACGUCGGCGCCAGCGUGACCAACACUUUCGGGCCCCUCAUCCUCAACGGCCUCGUUUCCGACAAGUACAUGACCAGCCUGCUCAACAUGCCGUUCGGCGCCCUGCAGAUCAUUGUCAUCCUGCUGGCCAGCUACCUCGCUCAGAAGGCGCGUGUCAAGGGCGCCAUCCUCAUGUUCUUCAUGAUCCCCGUCGUCGCCGGCCUCGCCGUCCUCUACUCCGUGCCUCGCGACAACUCGGCCAAGGCGGCUCUCCUCGUGGGCUACUACCUCCUGGCCUUCCUCUUCGGCGGCAACCCCUUGAUCGUCACCUGGAUCGUCGGCAACACCGCCGGCACCACCAAGAAAUCCGCCAUCAUGAGCGUCUACAACGCCGCCAGCGCGGCCGGCAACAUCGUCGGGCCUCUGCUCUUCAACUCCAACGACGCGCCCGCCUACAAGCCCGGCCUCCGCGCCUGCUUGGCCAUCUUCGUGGCGCUCGUGGCCGUUGUCGCCAUCCAGUGGGCCAACCUCAUUGUGCUGAACAAGCUGCAGUCGAAGAAGCGUGUGCGCAACGGAAAGAAGGCAAUUGUUGUCGACCACUCCAUGGAUGCGACAUAUCGGGCCAUGGAUGAGAAUAACGCGGAUGAGGAGAUUGUCAUUGCAGAAGAGAAUGCAGCAGGCACUGCACAGCAUGCGGGAGACGCAAGACUUGGAGAGCAAGCGUUUUUGGAUCUCACGGAUCGUGAGAAUGACGAGUUUGUAUAUAUUUAUUAA